AAACAUCGGGGAUUUCCCAUUUCGAAAUCGGCCUCGUCAGUUUUUUUAUUCGAUAUUCUGAAACGCGUCAUUAAUCAUAAACGGGUCAUUACUCUGUACUAUAUCAUUCACGAAUUCGAGAUUUCUGUAGACUCUUGCCAAAGAAGAAUUUUAAAUAUCGGAUCAAGGCCAAGUUAGAAGACUUCUACAUACAUCGAAACACAUCCAUAAAUCAUGAUAGAUAAAGAUGCUCUCUUCGAUGAACUUUCAAAAAGAUUCCCAGCUGGGAAGUAUACAACUUUUUGCAAUAAAAUGGGUGUUGGCUACAAUGAAGCAAAGAGCAUGCUGACAAGAUGUAAAGAGGACUACAACGUAGCAUUGAGAGAUCUAUUAGGUCAAUGGGAUGACAGGAUGAAGGGUGUUACCAGGAAGCAAAUAGAAGAUGCUCUCAUCCAGGCAGAGGUUGGUGGACUCUGCUCCAUUGUGAGAAAAUACUACGAAGCUGACACUAGAGUUGAAGCUGCCUCAGACUUCGGAGCUGGAGAUGCUACUGUUCAGAGCACUAGCAGUCAGCGUAUGAACCAAUCGGAGAGAAUGGUUCAUAUGAAUCAAAGAGGUGUGCCAAAUACAUCUGCUGCUACAGGGGAGACUGAAGCCAUUGCCAGUGUAGACAUACGUAAACCUGCCAGACAGCAAAUUGAAAAGGAGCAGGCAGAGAGGAAAAAUGUCAAAAAUGUUGCAUCAGAUGCUGCUGUAGAUGCUGCUGUAGAUGAUGAUGAAGAUGAUGAUGAUGUUAUCAGAGGAGGAGGGGAUGGUUCAAGUAUGCAGACAGAGCAGGUGACAGUAGUCAGGCAAAGAAUAAGAGGUGAGGAAGACAGAAAACAAGAAAUACAGCCAGUCGAGGUGAUGGACUCAAAUCAUGGAACAGUAAAUAUCACUGGAGAUAGACAAAGAGGAGGAGACCCAACAUCAAAUAUCAAAGUGGAGAGAAUCACAGAGACGAAGGAUGGGGACAAAUCAAGAACAACGGUUAUCUGGACAGAUGUCAGCAAAGAACAGAUGGCCUUUCUAGGAAUAGUCUUGUGUGUCGGUAUUGGAUUAUUCUUCUACAGCCGGCGCAAGCAUUGAUAAAGGAUUUUACUUUGGGUAAUUCAUUUCAUAAUUUCUCAGUCCACUAUUAAGGUUUUGUAAUGUCAGCACUAUACACUAUCACUUUAUUUCCUGUAUUAACUUCUUAUACUACAGUACUACUUCUACCAAAAUGUUGUGAACUUGUAUUAUAUGGUAAUAUAAGGUUUUUUUUUCGUAUGAUUCAUAGUGCCAAUGAUUCUAUAUACAUGCACAUUCCAUGCCUUUGUAUUGUGACAUCAUGAAGAUUAUAGAGGUAUGCAGUUCACCAUGUGAAUACUGGAUAGCAGUGCCUUGAGCACGUAAUCCAUACGGGUUUGCUGCUUUAUUGGGAUGGUAAAAUGAAGAGAUGUUGAUUGGAUGAAUAGAGCAUGGACCUAUUAGAGAUGGACAUUCAAUGCUAUCAUUUUCUUUGAUCGAACGAGAUCCGCCGCCUAGUGAUUAUGUGCAUCUUAAUGAGAACAUUCAGGUGUUUGACAAUCUUAUAGCGACAUCAAGGCGUAUCUGAUUAUUUACAAAGACACAGCUUUCCUAGUUUUGGCUUUGUUGGCUGAUGCCCUGUGUUAGAAAAUGUUUUUCAAUCAACAUGCUUUAGUUUUGAAGCAGCAAAAUUGAGAAGCAGACGAUUUUGUGACAUAAUGUGUAAUUAUUUGAUCCAUGCACUUCCACACUUACAUAAUGACCUCAAUAACAUUAAGAGAUAAAUGUUCUCUACAAGAUGUGAGCCAUGUAUCUCUAGAAUAUUACGAAGAAAAUCAGAAAAAUGGGAUUAUAAGUAAUAGACAUUUAAUCACAAUAUGGCCUAUAUCUUACAAUAUGCAUACAUUUUCCCAAAUAAAACACAUGGAACUAAGAUUGCCAAAGGUAAACCAGAACUGCACAUCAAUUUUCCAGGAUUUAAGUGAUUUAUCAUCUUCUGCGCAUACAGUUUGGUCAAUAUCAAUGUCUAAUCACGAACUGCUUCUUUCAACUCACGACCUAAUUGACGGCAGAACACGAUAGGAUAAAAGUACAAAAAUAUGAAGAUAAUGUUAUUCAGAGUACAAUGACAGUCAGAUGUUAGUGAAUUCAUUAACUAUGCGAUGAGUGUCCAUCUCUAAUAGGUCCAUGAUUAGAGAAACGGAUCCUAAAAUUCCUUUUAAAAAAGGAAAUCAACUAUUCAUUUUGAAAGCUGUUUGUCUAUUAAAAUAACUGAAUCAUAUUUUUGGGGGGAUUGAAUUUUAGCAUGCAAGUUUGGUUUACUUUCUAUUUAAAGGCAUCUGUGUUCCUCAUGCAUAAUUCUAUUGUUAAACAGCUGAUUGAGGGUGAUAUAUCAUAUCUCUGAGGAGAAGGGCUCAGAUGCUUCUUAAAAUAAUGUAGAACCUGUGGGAUGACAUAAGGUCUUUUCUUAAUUAGGAAUGACCAAUCACUUUACCACAAAUGUCAAUUAUUUCUCACAUUCAGAAAACAAUCGCUGGUUGUAUUUUGUCAAACAUACUUCAUUACAAUUUUGUUGGUUUCAGUGGUUUUGAUUUGUUAUUAUGCUCUUCAUGUAGAUAUUUUAUCCCGACAUGAAUAUUUUUUUUUUCAAAUCAUAUGCUUGGAAUAGAAUUAUUUGUUCUCCAGCUAGCGAAAGAAGCGAGUGAUGGUUCCUGAAUUUAAACUUGGCUCAUAUGUGCUGUUAUAAUUUAGGGGCCACAAUGUCAUAGAGGUCAUGGCUCAUUGUCUUCUUAACUUAAACAAUAAUACAUAUAUAUAUUAAUCAGAGUUAAAUUUGCUUUACAAAUACAUUUGGGAGUGAUGAUCUGACAUCAUUAUUAAAUUUUUUUAAACAUGUAGUGUCAGAUAAAGUUAUAAAAGUGUUAACAUUUCAUAUGUUAAGCAUGCUACGUAUUUCUUAUGUUUCUCAUUAUGUUAUCAUUACUAUUUUUGCUAUUGUCAUCCUUAUCAUUAUUGCUAUUAUCAUCAUUAUAACCAUCCAUAUCAAUUUUGCAGUAUAACCUUUUUCGGUAUUUGGUGUUGAAAAAUCAUUCCAAUAACUUUUCUCUUGUGUAGUUCAUGAAAUACUAUGAUCUUAGUGAAAUGAUCAUAUGAAUUAUGCUUAUGAAACACAACACAUGGCUGAUAUAGGGGUGAUUCAAAAGAGUUAAGGAGUGGCCGAGGCCCAAGAUACACAUGCGUCGGGUUUGAAGCUGCCUCUGACUCUGGCCUCAAGCUUGCCAUUUGGUGCAUAUACACAUACGUCUUUCUUAUGUUGAAGAGCUGUGAUGUAGUGGUUCUGACUCUCACCUUGUAAUUGGAAGGUCAUGUGGUCAAAUCCCACCGUGGCCUAGCGUCUUUUGGCAAGGCGUUUAUCCACACUUUUGCCUCACCCAGGUGCUAAAUGGGUACCCGGUGGAAUGCGAAAGUCAUUUUAGCUUUCCCAGUAUAGUGUGCACCUCAAUGGCAACUGGCUGAAAUACUUCCCAGUUAUUGGAGGAUGUGCAUACAUUGUGUGCAGGAAUGACUGAUUGAAUCCGAUGACAGGGGGUAAUUUUAUAAAUCUGUACAAUGUAUCUCUUAAACACCUUAUGAAAAGCCAGAUUAUUAUUAUUAUUAUCAUUUAUAAAAAUAUAAAGUACACUACUAAAUAAUUAAUUCAAGAUGAUUUUAUAAUCAUAUAUUUGUUUUCUUCUCACUUCAUUGCAAGUUUUAGUUAAUAUGAUACACCUGAAUUUCGACACUUUCAUACUUAAGAUUUGAAAAUUGAUUUUGAUAAAGCAAACUUUUUUAAUCCCUGAUGAAAUUAUUGUUAGAUAUGUACAGUUAUUAAUAUAUUUAAUAUCUUUCAUAUCUGUCAUGGUGGUGUAUUUUCUCAAAUUGUACUUGUACUGAUUUUGUAUUUUGCUAAAGAAAAUAAAAUACCACAACUAAUCCAUGACAAAAAAUGGAUGGCCAACAA